AUGCCCCUCGACACAACCACCUUCCACAACGUCAUCAACGGCGAGCUCACGAGCACCGCCUACACCCGCCACAGCCUCAACCCAGCAACCAAGAAGCAGAACCCCAAUGUCCCCAUCUCCCGCGAAGAAGACCUGAAUGCUGCCGUCGACGCAGCCAAAACGGCCUUCAAGACAUGGUCGCGCACCACCUACGACGAGCGCCGCAAGGCCUGUCUCGCCUACGCCGACUCACUCGAGGAAAACAAAGACGCCCUCGCUGCCCUCCUCACUCAAGAGCAAGGCAAACCACUCGACCAGUCCGCCGUGGAAGUCGGCAUGGCCAUCAAGUGGACGCGCGAGCUCCCCACCAUCGAAAUCCCCGAGAACGUCCUCCAGGACAAGGACGACGUCAAGAUCGUGCAGCGGUACACGCCGCUCGGUGUCUGUGCGGCCAUUGUCCCCUGGAACUUCCCGGUCCUCCUGGCAAUUGGCAAGAUGAUUCCGGCUGUGUAUACCGGUAACGCGGUCAUUGUCAAGCCGUCUCCAUUCACGCCGUACUGCGCUCUCAAACUUGCCGAGCUGGCGAUCCCCCAUUUCCCGCCUGGUGUCAUCCAAGCCCUCAGCGGCGGCGAUGACCUCGGUCCCAUGAUCACCGAGCAGCCCGGCAUCGACAAGAUCUCGUUUACGGGGUCGACUGCUACUGGCAAACGAGUCAUGGCCAGUGCUUCGAAGACCUUGAAACGCGUAACGCUCGAGCUGGGCGGGAACGAUGCAGCGAUUAUCUGCGACGACGUUGAUAUCGACAAGGUCAUUCCAAACCUCGCAAUCCUCUCCUUCCUCACCAGCUCGCAAAUCUGCAUGAUGAUAAAACGGCUCUACGUCCACUCGAAGAUCUACGACGAAUUCCUCAAGAAAUUCGUUGCCUUCGUGUCGAACUUCAAAACCGGCCCGGGCACACAAGAAGGGAUCUUCAUCGGCCCCGUCCAAAACGCCAUGCAGUACGAGAAAGCCAAGAACCUGUUUGAAUCCAUCAAACUCGAGAACCUCACCGCGGCACUCGGCGGCACGAUCACCGACUCCGAGGGGUACUUCAUCGAGCCUACGAUCAUCGACAACCCGCCCGAGAACUCUCGAGUCGUGCAGGAGGAGCCCUUUGCGCCGAUUCUGCCGGUCUUGAAAUGGCAUGAUGAGGACGAUGUUGUUUCCCGCGCGAACGCGAGCGAUACUGCGCUGGCGGCGAGUGUGUGGAGUCCGGAUCUUGAGAGGGCUAGCGGGAUUGCUAGCCAGUUGCAUGGGGGGAGCGUGUGGAUUAACUCGCAUUUUGAGGUCAGUCCGUUUGCGCCGUUUGGGGGGCAUAAGAGCUCCGGCAUUGGGGUUGAGUGGGGGCUUAGUGGGUUGCUGGGGUAUAUGAACUCGCAGAGUGUGUGGACGAGGAAGGGAUAG